GGGAAGAAUGCCACGAGUGGAGGCUGAGACUCAAAUGAUAUGAGCUCCCUUUAAUAACAAAUCAGAUCAAAGUCAGAAGGGCAUCCUGGCCCAGCCCCAGCCCUGGUGGAAGAUCCAGCUGUUCAUGUGGGAGCCGGUGCUGUUUGGGACCUGGGAUGGCGUGUUCACAUCCUGCAUGAUCAACAUUUUUGGCGUUGUCCUUUUCUUGAGGACCGGCUGGCUGGUGGGAAACACAGGUGUGCUCCUGGGCUUGUUCCUGGUGUCCUUCGUCGUCCUCGUGGCCCUCAUCACUGUGCUGUCCGGCAUUGGCGUCGCAGAGCAUGGCGGGAUCAGCAGUGGUGGCGUCUACUCCAUGAUCUCCUCGGUGCUUGGUGGGCAGAUGGGAGGCACUGUGGGGCUGCUCUAUGUAUUUGGACAGUGUGUUGCAGGUGCUAUGUACAUCACCGGCUUUGCGGAGUCCAUCUCAGAUCUGCUGGGACUUGGGGACAUCUGGGCAGUGCGAGGAAUUUCAGUUGCUGUGCUUCUGGCUUUGCUGGGCAUCAACCUGGCAGGUGUCAAGUGGAUUAUCCGCCUGCAGCUGCUGCUGCUGCUCCUGCUGGCUGUCUCGACCCUGGACUUUGUGGUGGGCUCUUUCACCCACCUGGACCCAGAACAUGGCUUUAUUGGCUACUCCCCAGAACUGCUACAGAGAAACAUUCUACCAGAGUACAGCCCCGGGGAGUCAUUCUUCACUGUGUUUGGGGUGUUCUUCCCUGCAGCUACAGGAGUCAUGGCCGGCUUCAACAUGGGAGGAGACCUGAGGGACCCUGCUGACAGUGUCCCCUUAGGCUCCCUAGCAGCUGUUGGCGUCUCGUGGUUUCUCUAUAUCAUCUUCACCUUCCUGCUUGGUGCCGUCUGUACCCGAGAGGCCCUCCGCUCUGACUUCCUGAUAGCUGAAAAGAAAGGACCAAAUAAAACACCGGUAGCAGCCAUCUGCCUGACCAGCUUGGUGACCAUGGCCUUUGUCCUGGUGGGUCAGGUGAAUGUUCUGGCGCCCGUUGUCACCAUCAAUUUCAUGCUGACCUACAUCAUGGUGGACUACUCUUACUUCGCCCUCUCCAUGGCUCACUGUGGCCUCGCCCCGUCUCCUGAGCCCGUCCCCAGACAAGGCCCAGAUACUCUGCACUGCUCCGAGCACCUGCUCCAGGACAGGGCUCCCAGCUACGGCUCUGACGCCCCUGCCAGAAGCCUCUCUGAGGGCACCCUGCUGGAGUUCACCAAGGACAUGGAUCAGUUCCUCCAGCCAAUAGAGGGACUGGAGAGUCGUCAGCUUGGGUCAAGAGAAGGAAACCAGAACCCAAAGAAUCAGAAGCGCAAGGGUAAGAAAGGCGCCAAGCAAACCCUACAAGAUAGCUUCCUCUUGGACCCUGGGUCUCCUUUGUCCUUUCCUACGAGGACUUCUGAGAGGUUGUCUGUUGCCUUCUGUGGGGAGCAAGAGUCCUGUCAGAAGCAGCAGACUUCUAGGAGUGAAUCACAUGACCAUCUUGUUCCUGAUCUACGCAACCAGCCUAGAGCGAACAGAGAAGAUUUCUUUCUGAAAUGCAGACUUCAGGAACAAGAGGUCCAGAGAAGACCAAGUGUUUUCUAUGCUUCGUUAUGUAACCCCUGGGUCUCCCUGUUAGGGGCUCUUGCAUCCCUGCUCAUCAUGUUUGUGAUCCAGUGGCUCUAUACCCUAGCUAGUAUGGGUGUUGCUGCCCUUGUGUAUUUCUACAUUGGCCAGGCCAGUCCAGGCCUUUACCUCGGAUCAGCAUCAAACUUCAGCUUUUUCCAAUGGAUGAAGUCCUUCUUGGUCCCCUCCUGCAGGAGCCUGAGGUCCGCCCGGGAGCAAAUCAUCUUGGCACCAUCCCCAGCCAAGGUCGACACGGCAAUGACUCAGCUUACCCAGGACAAUGCGGACUUCGCCACCCGAGAUCGUUACCACCACUCCUCCUUCCUGAGCCGGGAGCAGUUGAUGCCUCCAUACUAGGACCUCGCUGGACCCCUCUUUCUGAAGUCGCUGUGGAUAUGGGGACCCAAGCCUUAGAACCUUUGGAAGUUGCUUCUACCAAUAAGAAACCCCAAGACUGGUCUUCCCACCACAGCCUUGGACACCGGAAAUCACAUUCUGGUCUGAAGUGGCAUGUCUAACCAGACACUAGAUAUGGUCAUGGCUUCCACGUGUGUCCAACCUGAAGAGCCCACAGGCACCAGGAAAAUCAGGUGACACCAAGACGACCAAAUGUGGAGAAUCAAAACAAGAUUUCUUAUUCUAAAGGGCCACAAUAAACACUUCUUUUUAAUUUUA